GCGGCCUCACUGAGCCCGCAGUGCCGCGAGGCGAGCGGCCUGAGCGCCGACAGCCUGGCGCGGGCCGAGCCGCUGGACAAGGUGCUGCAGCAGGUGAGCGCUGGGGCCGGGGUGAAUGGAGGCCCGGCCGGGCUGCAGGGACAUUUCUCGGCGGGAGAGGCGGCAGGAGGCGAGGCCUGGCGCACCACAACCAACUGGCCGGGGCGGUAGGACAGGUUCCUGUUGUUUGAAACUUUCAGCGACUCCCGCGUGUGCGUGUGUCCGCGUGUGCCGGCCAUUCCUAGGGGGGCGUCUUUUCAGACUUUCCAGUGGUCCACUCCUACUGAGGGGGUGGAGAUGGAGGCUGCGAGACCCCUCCCAGAGUCCCCGGCCUGCGGGAGAGGUAGGCUGAGACGCCUCUGGGGACCUGCCCGGCCAGGUCUCCCAGAACAGCAGCCGGAAGCUGAAAGGGCCGAGGGGCCCAGACUUGGCCAUAGGUCACGGUCCCUGCUGCCUGCAUCCUCGGCCCACCCACCCGCCAGGGAGACGCUGGAGCAGGGGCGUAGGGCGGUUUCUGCCCAGGAGGCAGGCGCCGCCAGGUGUAAGCUGCUCGUCCUGGCCUGUCUCGGCCGGCUGGCCAGGCGUGGGCGCUGUCCGGACCCCGCCUGGAGGCUACCUGCCUCCUGAGUGCAAAGGCCUGGGGUGCCUCCCGGCCCUGGCUGAAGUGGGAGUCGGUUCCCUUUGCUGUUUUUCUUAUCUUCAUUACUGGGCUCACCCUGUGCCUGACUCUUGAGUGGAAUGAGUGAAAGUGCUUUACUAGCACAAGUUCUUUCAUCUUCCAACAACUCUGGUGGUUCCUGAUGAGGAAACGGGCACAAAGAUGUCGAACCUGAGUCUGUUCCAGAAGGACUCCCAAGUUCUCACAGCUGGUGAGCGGGGAUGUGGCUUUGCUGGGCGGGGGCCCCUACAUGCUCUGCACUGAUGGGCAGCAGCUGCUGCGACAGGUCCUGCACCCUGAGGCCUCCAGGAAGAACCUGGUGCUCCCCGACACCUUCUUCUCCUUCUACGACCUCCGCAGAGAGUUCCACGUGCAGCACCCGAGCAGCCGCCCUGCCAGGGACCUCACUGUGGCCACCAUGGCACAGGACUUGGGGCUGGAGACAGAUGCCACAGAGGACGAUUUUGGGGUGUGGGAAGUGAAGACAAUGGUAGCUGUCAUCCUCCACCUGCUUGAUGGACCCAGUGGUCAACUGUUUUCGAAGCCCGAAGUGGUAAAGCAGAAAUAUGAGACAGGGCCUUGCAGCAAGGCUGACGUGGUGGACAGCGAGACUGUGGUUCGGGCUCGCGGGCUGCCCUGGCAGUCAUCAGACCAGGACGUGGCUAGAUUCUUCAAAGGGCUCAAUAUUGCCAGGGGUGGUGUAGCGCUGUGCCUCAAUGCCCAGGGCCGCAGAAAUGGUGAGGCCCUCAUCCGUUUUGUGGACAGCGAGCAGCGGGACCUAGCACUGCAGAGACACAAGCACCACAUGGGUGUCCGCUAUAUCGAGGUAUAUAAAGCAACAGGAGAGGAGUUUGUAAAGAUCGCAGGGGGCACUUCACUAGAGGUGGCUCGUUUCCUGUCACGGGAAGACCAAGUGAUCCUGCGGCUGCGGGGACUGCCCUUCUCGGCUGGGCCAGCAGAUGUGCUAGGCUUCCUGGGGCCAGAAUGCCCAGUGACUGGGGGUGCCGAAGGGCUGCUCUUUGUGCGCCACCCUGACGGCCGGCCCACUGGUGAUGCCUUUGCCCUCUUCGCCUGUGAGGAGCUGGCACAGGCUGCAUUACGCAGGCAUAAGGGCACGCUGGGUAAGCGAUACAUUGAACUCUUCCGGAGCACUGCAGCCGAGGUGCAGCAGGUCCUGAACCGCUAUGCCUCCAGCCCACUCCUUCCCACACUGACUGCUCCACUGCUGCCCAUCCCCUUCCCACUGGCAGCUGGGACCGGGAGAGACUGUGUACGCCUUCGAGGCCUGCCCUACACAGCCACCAUCGAAGACAUCCUAAGCUUUCUGGGGGAGGCAGCGGCUGACAUUCGGCCCCACGGUGUGCACAUGGUACUCAACCAGCAGGGUCGGCCAUCGGGUGAUGCCUUCAUCCAGAUGACAUCAGCAGAGCGGGCCCUAGCUGCUGCUCAGCGUUGCCAUAAGAAAGCAAUGAAGGAACGCUAUGUGGAGGUGGUCCCCUGCUCCACAGAGGAGAUGAGCCAUGUCCUGAUGGGGGGCACCUUGGGUCGCAGUGGCAUGUCCCCUCCACCCUGCAAGCUGCCCUGCCUCUCACCGCCCACCUACGCCACCUUCCAGGCCACCCCAACACUCAUUCCCACUGAGACAGCAGCUCUGUAUCCCUCUUCAGCACUGCUCCCAGCUGCCAGGGUGCCCGCUGCCCCCACCCCGGUUGCCUACUACCCAGGGCCAGCCACUCAACUCUACAUGAACUACACAGCUUACUACCCCAGCCCCCCAGUCUCCCCCACCACUGUGGGCUACCUCACCACGCCCCCUGCUGCCCUGGCCUCUGCUCCCACCUCAGUGUUGUCCCAGCCAGGAGCCCUGGUCCGUAUGCAGGGUGUCCCAUACACAGCUGGUAUGAAGGAUCUGCUCAGCGUCUUCCAGGCCUACCAGCUAGCCCCCGAUGACUACACCAGUCUGAUGCCUGUUGGUGACCCACCUCGCACUGUGCUACAGGCCCCCAAAGAAUGGGUGUGUUUGUAGGUGAGGGAGCCAGGAGGUAAGAGCUGGCUGAUGUCCUCAGCUAAUGGGACUCUCCUGCAUCCAGAGAACCAGGGCCCUCAACCUGGUAGCUUCUUUCUGGCUUCUCAGAAUUCUCAGAAGGCCCCCAGAGGAGCUCAAGCCCCAGCUCCAUCCCCCCUACUUAUUACUCUGCCUGUUCACCCCAAAGAUGAUGGCUGGACCCUGAAUGCAGGGCUGGGGGUGGAAUGGCACUACCCUGCUCCCAGUGGUCUGAUCUGGGCCUUUUAAGUAGCAGAGAGCCUUUGUUCUGUUCAGGCUAUGGUCCAUGCCUACAGAUUCCAUAGGGCUGAUGUCCAUAGCAGGCUUGCUUGCUUUUUAAAAAAUGUAAACCCUGGUGCCUUUAGCGUAUGACUCCAGGGAGCUUCUGAGUAAAGAUCCCAAUGUUCUACCUUCCCCUGUCCCUUCUGAUGGGGGGCAGGGGGGCAGGGUGGCAGAGAGCGCUGGCCCCAGUCCCCAGGAUACUGACCUCCGUGGUCACAUUGCGCCAGUGGUGGUCCCACCUAAGGAUGCUAGCCCCCCUCUAGCGUGACACAAAGAAUAACAGAUGGCAAAAAUCACAGGCUGUUUUGAUGGACUGUACUGCAAUAUCCCCAGAGGACAAUAGGGGGCACGAGGCCCUCACACAAAAACUCAGGCUUGACUUUUAAAGGGACUUCUGCCUACUUUUCAUGCACACCUUGGGCAGGUCAGUUGUCCUGAACUCAGCAGACACCUUGGAAUGUCCUUUGCACCCAUUAGAGGGUGCUGAACUGAAGCUUCGGAAGGAAUUUGGAACUCUACCCUCUCCUCCGUAAAAUAAACAAAGGUUCCCAA